GAGAAGUGAGAGAUAGGUUUUCUAAUUAUUGAAAAAAUAGCAACGUUAGUUAUCGGUUAAAUAUCGUUUUGUUAACAGAAACAUGUCGAAUAACUAUCGAAUAAUAAAUCACGAGAACAUAAACGGUGUAGAUCUAUCGCUCAAACUGGAAAAUCGCAUGAAUUCGCCAAAUUCCCAACGUUACACUAUCAGUUAUAAAAACAAGGAACAGAAAUCUGCUUGGCCUCUGAAAUCAUUUUUCUUAGCUGUAAUAUUCAACGCGUUGGCGCUAUGUUUCGUUCGCAUCAGUGUGCAAGCUAUAUUAACGAUAAUUAUUGUUCUUUCGUUUUUAGUAUUUUUUUGGAUAACUCACAGUGUCCAAUCAGAAAGUAUUCUAGUCAUUCCAACGGUUGGUGUUCAAAGCUCAGUGAAGUAUGUGUUUGGGAGGGAAGACAACUUUGUACCCUGGGCCAGUAUUGAUGACGUCAUCAUUAAUGAAGUUUUUAAAUUGAAUCGAGUUAUCUACAUAUUAACAUUGCUGGUUAAACCUUCAACAUCAGGAAAUAAUGAGGCAGAAUCGGUUAAAUUGAUACCUUUAUUUAAGUAUACAAAACCACGGCUGCUUAUGCUGGAAGCAAUUUAUUCUGAGCUGCAAUCAUUACUUUUGGCAUCCCAGUGCACUGACUGUGACGAGUUAGGGGCUGGUGACAAAACGUCAGAGUAAAAUAACUUUACCUACUAAGAAGUUAUGA